AUGAAGUUCUUAAGCAUUUUUGCGCCUAUCCUACUGGCUUCCAACGUCGCUGCGCUUCCCGGCUGGAGAGAUUGGCAUGCUCGGGGUCCCAAAUGCCCUGAGAGCACCUGCCUGACCCAAGCUGAUGCCGAUGACAUUGUCGCCAAAUUCGUCAGCAUUCUUGAUCACCCCGAUAUUGCUGCUUCGAACGCCACGGCCCAAGCAUUGCUGGGAGACAACUUUUUCGAGAAGUCUGACUCGAUCAAUAUGCUUGCUGGUCACCCGAUUGGCGCUGUCACAUUUGCUGGUAAAGCCCAGUACAUUCAAGGCGUUCUCCUCGCUCCUUCCAUCACGAAUAUCACGACCCACAAGACCAUGGUGGCGGGUUGCACCAACGUUCUAUGGCACUGGAACAUGGCAGGCAUUGGAAGCAAGCAAAUACCUGUCAAUGGAUUCAACCUCUUUGAGAUCACUUCCGAGAAGCAGAUCGCCGAUAUGUACGUCGAAUUCAACAACAUUGGCUGGGGCAUCGACACUGGUUUCACGGUCUACAGUCGCAAUGGCACCAAGCUUCCUUUGGCGUAG